GUCAAUAGAAAGGGAAGAAGAUAAUUGAUUCAUUGGAAUUAAUUAUCUUUAUAAUAAUUAAUGACUUUCAAUCAUGAAAACAAAUUUGUUAUAAAUAUCAGGUCUCUUUAGGUUGGCCCGUGAGAUUAAUUGUUACUUUACAAGUGAUCAGAUUGUUUGUUAACAGUUAAUCAAGAUGAGCUUUUUAAUUAUCUCAAUUGUUGUCAAUUGUUUUGUUCUAAUCGCUUCAGCUCAAGAUGAAGCUUCUGCUGUCGCUUCAGCGGAUUCAUUUGCUUCUGCAGUAGCUAAUUCAUCGGCUCCAUUAUCAGGUGAAUCUAAGGCUCGAACAGCCGACAAGGUUUAUAAUCCGUGUGGAACUGUUUGUCCUUUGACUUGUGCACAACCUAAACCACGAGGUUGUAUCAGAACCUGUAAAGCUGGUUAUCUCUGCCCUGACGGCUAUUAUGAAAACUCUCAAGGUAAAUGUGUCCUCCUAGAAGAUUGUGACUCAGCUCCAACCACAACUGAGCCUCCACGUCAUUUACCAGGUCACAUUGUAUAUCGACCUCCAACCGCAGAAAAGGUUUACAGCGAAUGUGGAUCUACUUGCCCAUUGAAAUGUUCCAGUCCCAAGCCACAAAUUUGUAAUGCUCUUUGUAGACCCGGUUUCGCUUGCCCUAAAGGCUACUACGAAAACUCUGCUGAUAAAUGUGUCCUUCCCGAAUAUUGUGACUCAGCUCCAACCACAACUGAACCUCCACGACAUUUACCAGGACACAUUGUUGGACGUCCUCGACCUCGACCUCGACCAUUCCCCAUCAAUGAUCCAUCACCAUCAUGGCCAAAUGAAUUCAAGCCUCGAACUGCUGCCAAGGUCUACAAUGAAUGUGGAACCGCUUGUCCAAAAACUUGCGCUCAACCCAACGAUCGACCUUGUAUCUUAAUCUGUAAGGAAGGAUGGUUCUGUCCAUCAGGUUAUUACGAAAACUCAGUCGGUGAAUGUGUUCUCUUGGAAGACUGCGAUUUAGGAUCACAACCUCCACGAAAUUGUUGGACACCUCGACCUCAACCAGCUCUAGGUAACCAAGAGCAAUUAAAUAUCGCUGAAUAUAACAAAUCUUUUAAAACUGUUCAGUGUUUCAUCAUGAAAUAUACACUCGUUUUCUUGGUUACUCUUUUCGUUAUCGUUUCUUGUUCGGCAGAAGUCCAAAAGGAAUAUAAAUCAUGUGGAUCGGCUUGUCCACCAACUUGUGCCAAUCCAAAUCCUCAAAUUUGUACCAUGCAAUGUGUAUCCGGAUAUUUCUGUCCAAGAGGUUACGUUUUAAAUAGACGAAAUCGAUGUGUUCGAGUUCAAGACUGUUGAAAUCAAAAGGACAAUCUAUAUAUAUGAUAUAUCAAUGCUACGAUUGUUGUGUAUCAUUAUGAUGAAUAAAAAUAACGAAUAAUUUUACUCCAA